AUGGCUGAUUCAGUUCCAUUUGCUGUUACUUCAAAUCUCAGGUUGGCUUCCGCAGAUUUUCUUGAAUUUGGAAAGCAAUAUGAUGUGAUGGAAGAGUUGGAAGAGCUUAAGAACACUAUUGAAUCCAUCAAUGCUAAGCUCCUUGAUGCAGACGAUAAACAAGAUCAAGAUGAUGGUGUGCGAGUUUGGAUCAGAAGGUUCAAAAAAGUACUCCAUACUGCAGAUGACUCCUUAGAUGACCUUGCUAUCCAAUUCAGGAGAGACAAAUUGGGUGCAGCAGAAGGAAAAGUAGACAAGGUACUUCUUUCCAUUUCAUCUUCAAAUCAACUUCCUUUAUACACUGAAAUGCCUGACAAAAUUAAACAAAUACGAGAAAGUUUUACUGUAGUAAUAGAAGACAUGGAUAAAUUGAAUUUAAGCCCAGGUUCUCUGGUUAAGCAAACUAACAGUGACUGGAGGGAAACAUGUUCUUUUGUGCUAGAAUCUGAUAUCAUUGGAAGAGAUGAUAGUAAAAAGGAGAUUAUUACUAUGUUGAGACAACCUCAUGAAAACCGAAAAGUUUCUGUGAUUGCUAUUGUUGGCCUCGGUGGCUUGGGGAAGACAACGCUUGCUCAGUUGGUGUAUAAUGACUUGGAAGUGCAGAAUUGUUUUGAAAAGAAAAUGUGGGUGUGUGUCUCUGAUAACUUUGAUGUGAAAACUAUUCUGAAGAAAAUAUUAGAAUCUGUUACUCGUCGCCAGACAGCAGAUGGGUCGUCAUUAGACUACUUGCAAGAAGAACUUCGUGAAAAUUUAAGUGAUAAGAAAUAUUUGUUGGUCCUGGAUGACAUUUGGAAUGAGAGACGUGACAAAUGGAUUGAAUUGAGAAAGUACUUGAUGUGUGGCGCUCAAGAUAGUAAAAUUUUAGUGACAACUCGAAGUGAAAAUGUAGCUGAGGCAAUGACAGCUAGCACUUCCUAUCCUUUGAAAGGUUUGACGGAUGAAGCAUCUUGGAGUUUGUUGAAGAGCGUUGCAUUUGAGGAUGAUUUCAAUGGAGUGAAUCAAAAUCUAGAAUCAACGGGGAAAGAAAUAGCCAAAAAAUGUAAGGGUGUUCCACUAGUAGUUAAAACCCUGGGAGGCCUGUUAAGAAGACAAAAUGAAGAAAGUGAAUGGGAGAAUGUUUUACUUGGUGGCUUCUGGAAAUUAUGUGAAGAGCAAAAUAGUAUUAUGCCAAUUCUAAAACUCAGUUACCGCAACUUGUCUCCAGAAAUGAGACAAUGUUUUGCUUACUGCUCUUUAUACUCCAAGGAUUCGGAAAUUGAAAAGGAUGAGUUGAUUCAGUUAUGGAUGGCACAGGGUUACCUUAAAUGUUCGACUGAAAAACAGCACAUGGAGGAUGUUGGUAAUCAAUUUGUAGAGAUGUUUCUGAUGAACUCAUUUUUUCAAGAUGCAGAAAAUGAUGAAUACGGUGAGAUCAUUAGUUUCAAAAUGCAUGAUUUAAUGCAUGAUCUUGCAAUGCUUGUUGCGGGCAAUGAUUAUUGUUUCUUGGAUAGAAAGGCAGAAAAAGUUGAAGGUAGACCCAUGCACGUAUCAUUGGAAUCUGAUGAGGCCAUUCAUUUGUUGAAAUCAUUAGAUCCGAGGAGGCUGCGAACUUUGAUUUUACCGGAUGACUUGGAAGAGGAGGAAGAUUUGUCGGCUAUUGCAGAGUUCAAAUACUUACGUGUCUUGAGGAUGCAUCAUCUCUAUGAUUCCACUGAACAUUUGAAGCAUUUAAGAUACCUUGAUUUAACGCACCAAACAAGUCUUCCCAAAUCUAUGAGCAAUCUUGUUUUUCUGCAAACGUUGAAAUUGGAGGAGUACGAUGAAGAAUCAUUUUCAGUAGUCACAAAAUUAGUCAAUUUGAGGUGCCUUGAUAUCGAUGAUUAUGACUCCCAUCUGAAUCGUGUGAGAGACGUGGCUCUGGAAUCACAGAAUCUUCGUAAAUGCUGCUGUCUCCCUCCGUUGGAACGUCUCCCGUCCCUGAAGUCACUUGCGAUACACUCUCUCAAUGAAUUAGAAUACAUAGAUCUCUACGAAGAUGGUUUUGCACUAAGCUUCUUCCCCUCUUUGGAGAGCCUCUUCUUAAGAGGUUGUCCCAAGCUCAGGGGAUGGCGGAGGCGGGGAGAUGAUAUCAAUAAUUCACAUAAUCUCUCUUUACCUCUUUCAUUUCCUCAUCUUUCUCGGCUGGAAGUCUAUAAAUGUCCACAGUUGACUUGCAUGCCUACUUUUCCAAACGUUAAGAAUUUACGUUGGGAUGAAUGCAGUGCGGAGCCAUUAAUUGCAACACUAAACUCAACAUGUUCAGCUGACUCAUCUUCCUCUGCUGCUCCUCUUUCCAUGCUCAAAGAAUUGACGAUUUCUGAUCAUAUGAAUUUACCAAAGGGUUGGAUGCAAAAUCUGACUUCUCUCGAGUCUCUUCAAAUUAUAUGGUGUGAAAGUGAAACACUUGAGGAAUUUGAAACUGAGUUCAAGGUUGACACCAACUGCCAUCUUCCUCUGCGAAAAAUCAGCAUAAGUAGGUGUAAAAACCUAAAGGCUUUGCCAGAUUGGAUUUGCAACCUAUCGUCGCUUCAACACAUCAUAUUGUGGGAUUGCCCAAAUCUGGCAUCGCUACCCGAAGGAAUGAGUGAUCUUACCAACUUAAAGAUAUUUGAAGUGAAGAGUUGUUCCCUCUUAGUUAAAGAAUGCCGAACAGAGACAAGUGUUGUUAGUCGCCAAAUCGCACACAUCCCACAAAUAAUCCUUAGUGAUUACUGA